AUGGCAAGUCUAAAAGGCCUUCAGUUUUAUUUGAAUCUAUCAUGGAAUUUUUUACAAGGACCACUUCCUGUGGAAAUAAGUAAACUUGUAAGUGCUCAAGCAAUAGACAUUUCUUGUAAUAAGCUUGACGGAAUGAUUCCCUCAGCUCUUGCAAAUUGCUUAGCACUGGAGUAUCUCAAUCUCUCUAAUAAUGCAUUUGAAGGUCCGAUUCCAGAUGCACUUGGGAAAUUAAAAAAUUUGGAAUCUGUUGAUCUUUCUUUCAAUUUCCUGUCAGGUACAAUACCUACAUCUCUUACAAAUAUGAAAGUGCUCCGCUACUUCAGUGCUUGUUUCAACAAUUUGACAGGUGAAGAUCCAAAAGUAGGAUUGUUUUCAAAUAACACAUUUAAUGAAUCAUCUAUGGGAAAUAAUGGUCUGUGUGGUGGAGAAAAUUUACCAGAGCACGCAUGUCCAAAUCAGGGUAAGAAAUUGAAGUCACCACUUACAAAAACAAUGUUAUCAGCUGCUGGAGUGAUCGCAUUUUUACUGUGUAUUUCAAUCUUUGGAAUAUUGUGUUGUCGGAAAUAUUCAUCAAGUCAAUUUGAUCUUCCAGAUUUCAUGUUUGGAAGACUGAGAUAUCCAAGGUUAACAUAUCAAGAAUUGGUCAAUGCUACAAACAGAUUUAAUGAGACAAAUUUGUUUGGUGUAGGUAGCUUUGGCUCAGUUUUUAAAGGAAUUUUAAGAGAUGGUAUGUUAGUUGCAAUCAAAGUUCUGAAUUUCCAAAAUGAAGAACUCGAGAACAGUUUUAAGAGAGAAUGCAUAAUCUUGGCUAGGACUCGACAUCGAAAUCUCGUUAGAGUUAUAAGUGCCUAUUCAGACCUUAACUUUAAGGCUUUGAUUCUUCAGUUUGCUACAAAUGGGAGCUUGGAAAAGCUUUUGUAUCCUGAAAGUAAUGAGGAUGGUUGUGAGGUCAAUAUUGAUGAAUGUUUGAACAUUGCUAUUGAUGUGGCCCAUGGCAUGGAAUAUCUACAUCACGAUUGUCCUAUCCAAGUUAUUCACUGUGAUUUGAAACCUAGCAAUGUGCUCCUAGAUGCAAAUAUGACAGCCCUUGUAGCAGAUUUUGGUAUCUCGAGAUUGGCUGGUCCUACAAACUUAAUUGAUUCCUUAAGCACAUCAAUUGCCAUGAGAGGAUCUAUUGGCUACAUAGCUCCUGAGAUGAUCACAAGGAAAAGGCCAACUGAUGCCAUAUUUGCUGACGACCUGAACCUGCCAAAGUGGGUGAGGUCGGCUUUUCCAGAGAGGCUGGCAGACAUUGUUGAUAGGAGGUUAUUACAAAAUUUGGACGUGGAACGCAAUGACUGCCUUAUUGCUUUCAUAAAUAUUGGCUUGCUAUGCACAUCUGAAUCUCCCCAAGAACGACCGACCAUGAGAGACGUAAGAAGGGCAUUGGAGGUUCUAAUCGGAGGUGCAACUUCAGCUCCAAAUUUAUCAAGAACCAUAUCAGAUUUGGUGCUGAAUGCCAGUGCUAAUAUUACGGAAGAGGGGGUUGCUGCAAGUGAUAGCUCUACAUUUGAGCUAGAUACAAAUACAUCUACUAUAUAA